UCAAAACGAAUUCGAACGCUUAGGCGAACGGUUGUGUUUCCUCCCAAACAAAAAAAAAACAAUCUUCAAAAAACUCUCAAAACCCCAGAGAAAUCGAAAAAAAUAACUUACCCAUACAUAAAUAAAAGUGUAAUAAAUUAAAGCGAACUAAAAUAAAAGAAAAACAUUUUUUUGUGGUGCAUCUUCAAAAAAACCGGUUGUUAAAUGCGCGUUGCAAUAAAAACAACGAAAAGAGUUCAACAACAAAAACCUUAAGGAAAAGGCAACGUUGCACAUUUUCUGGAGUGCAGUUCAAACUGUAAGAAAAAGAGGCGAAAAUUGAGGAAAAACUAAAGAAAGUCGAGAGACUAUUUGAACGAAAAACAAGAUGGCAUUCUCGAUUGUGAGCCGUGGUAUUUUGCGCACUUCGAGAGAAAUUCUGGAACGCAACAUGGCCGCAACUGUCGGCGUUCUGCAGCAGAGCGCCUCCCCGCCCCCGAACACGCCCAUUUCGCACAGCGAUUGCCAUCGCCUUUUCCUGGCAACUGGUGGCAACGUCUGUGGACAUGGAGCACACUCACUGCUGUGGCAUCAAAUGCCAACUGCCGUGGUCCAGGCUGUCCGUCAAUAUUCCAAAAAAUCCGCCGAAGCGGCCAAAUUGCGACGGGAGGUGGAAAGUGAUAGUGAUUCCGACUCGGAUGAUGAGUUCGAGCGACGUCGCCAGAAAGUGGAUUCCAAGCGGAGCGAACGGGGCGACUCAGCCUUCUGGCGCCGCAAAAUGCGUACCCUCCAUCGCAUUUUGGACGUGAACCACGACGGUGUUGUGUCUUACGACGACUUCCGUUUGCUGGCCAAACGCUUCAACGAUCUGGGCCAUUUGACCCCGGAGGUCGCCGCCGAGUUCAACGAUGUGAUUAAGCAUACGUGGGAAGAGCAGUUCGGGGAGAUAACCCCUUACAAUCUGGUGACUGCCGAGCAGUUUCUCACCGAUCUGCACCAUCGUCUCAACGACAAGAAGAUGGCCAAACGCAUUGGUCGUUUCCUGCCCUACUUGUUUAAGGCUGUGGACUUUGAUCACACUGGCCAUUUGGAUCUCGAACAAUACAAGCUCUUCUUCCGCUGUCUGGGACUGACCGAAGACGACGCUGCCGUUUCAUUCGCUGUGAUAGACAAGAACGGCGAUGGCCAAUUGUCGCUCAAGGAGUUCGUGCAUUUGGGCCGUCAGUUCUUUUUAACCGAGGACGACUCGAAGAUAUCGAAAAUGUUCUGGGGACCGCUGGUGGCCGAUCAUUGACGGGGUGCAGUCACUGCUGUAGAUCACAAUUCAACCAAAACAAUCACAACAAUAAUAACCCCACAUAAAUAUCCGAUCAACAACACCAAACAAGAUUAUCAAAAACAACAACAACAGAACGUCCGAAGCCGAAACAACGGCAACAAUAACACCAAUGAGCCAAUGCUAAAUACAUUUAAAACGACAACGAUGAUGGCCAAUAAUAAUAAUAAUAAUAUAAAGAUAUUGGCCACAUCGUUGCCAACUCGCGUGCAGGCGGCAGGCGGCAGUUGGCUUAAUCUACAGCAUGUGGCGCCGCAUAAAUCGGGACCGAUGAUAACUACCAUUAGCAACACCACCACCACAACGAUCGUUAUAAGGAACAUGAGCAUUUACGACUAUUUACGGCAUAACUUGAGCAGGUCAAAGCGCCAGCGCUCGACCUUUGAACCCCAUCCAUCGCCCAGCACAUGUCCCGCCUCCAAGUUGCGCAAGCACAAUUUUAGUAACUAUCAAAAGGAACGGGAACGGGAGCAACGGCAUAAAGAUAAAAAUCAACGAACCAAGGGCAAACCAUCGAUGGAUGACUACGAUAUAAGAUUCUUUUUCUACCUUAACUCGCUAAUUUUAUUCACCAUGUCGUGCAGCCGUCAAUCGGCCGCCGAGGGUGAUGACCUCAAGCAUUUCAUUUGCGACCGGAUCCGGAAGUUCGAUCGCCUGCGGCGAAAGGCACGCAAGCGCCGGAAGCGAAGGCCCAAACAACUGGCCGAGGAUCGAAUGCACCUAUAAACUCUGAAUAGUGGAGCUACAUAUUAAUCACACGGUCACCCUAUCUACCAUAUAAUCGAUUAUUUUUUUGCCUAGUUAAGAGUUACGUUUAACUGAUAUAUUAAACCAUACAGCAAGCAUGAUAUAACGGAAUAAAACUGAUUUUUAAAUGUACGA